CACAAUUGUUUGUAAAUAUAUUUUGAAACCAAAACAUCCAAAAAUCGCGAAAAACAUGAAAUUGAUUUGCAAUCAAAACAUAACUUAAAUUGUGGUUACAAUGAGUGCGACAAAAGUGUGUUAAUAGUAAUGAAUACAUUGAUCGUGAAAAAUAUAUCACCGAAACUGAGUUACAAUGAAAGGGAGGAACUGUUCCGACAUUUUGGUGGACAGACCGUCACUAAUCUGCCUCACUAUUCGUACGUAUUGUUUGAAAACGAGUCGCAAUCGCGGGAAGCGAUGCAACGAUUGCAUCAGUUGUUGGUUUUGGGGCAAAGACUUCGCGUCGAGUUUGCCCUCAAUUGCGGCCAAUCGGUGACACAAUUGCCGCCAAUCAGUGAACCGCAUGUUCAACAGAAAUCACACGAAGAAAGUCUGGAGUCGUUGAAAGAGAUAAAGUUAAGGGAAUUUGUGAAUCAAUUGAAUUAUACCUCACCAGCGCUUGGCCUCAAUUAUCUGCCCUCACCUCUACUCCGGUACACCUAUCCCACGGCCACGCCUUUCAUUGUCGACAACAUCGCGCACACACUUCUGGCGCACCCGAGGUUUUACACGCAAGUGCUGCAUCUCAUGAACAAAAUGAAUCUCCCGGUGCCCUUCGACGCCCACGCCAUCAAUAGGCCCAACAUUUUAACGUUUCCCACGAGUGAUACGAGUGGUGCUAAAGAUAUGCUCAUCUGUUCGUCGGAGUCCGAGUUGGAAGUGAGUGAUAGUGAAGACCCGAAUGCGAGGAAUAUUGCGGCAAAUGUUGCGAAACCACGGAAGAGAGUGAAGAAGAAGUUGAGAACUGGUUUUGUAGGCGAGAGAGCGGUGUUUGUCGACGAGUUGUUUGAGUCGAAACGCAAACGAAAGGCCAAACCCUCUGUAGAGCCGUUGCCCGAAGUGUUUGACGUGCCGGUGGUUUGCGAACCCAAGUCUGUAACUAAUAUUUCGGUGAAUAUUGUGUCCAAUUGUCGGACAAUGAAUGAGUCGAGCGCUGCGACCGCUAAAGAGGCGACAGUUCCGACCACUGGUUUUGGUGUAAUGACUGCCGCGAAGAAACAACAAAUGGAAAAGAGUUGUGAAAUAGUUUGGGACAUAAAUAACAUGAUUACUGAUCAAGAGUUGGCAACAAAUAGGAUAUUAAAGACUCAAUGGAUGAAAUAUCCGGUGUUUAGGAACUAUAGCUCCGGAGAGAUAUCCAUUCGACUGUAUGUCAAAAAUAUAGAUAAAAGUGUCGAUACAAAUGACUUGAUGAGGAUUUACAGUAAAUUUAUUGAUUGGGAGUCAGAGAUUCACCGCAAUAUGUAA